AUGACACCGCUGAGUAGCGAUCCGUCUGAUUUAGAAGCGCUAACACCAGCGCACUUUUUAAUUGGUGGGCCCAUGUUCUUACCACCUGAAAAUGAUCUCACAGAAGCCGAGCCAAAUGGUAUACGGCGUUGGAAAAGGGUACAAUAUCUGAUGCAAACAUUCUGGAAACGAUGGGAGAGUGAGUACCUGCCACAGUGUCAAGUGCGCGGUAAGUGGUUAUGCAGGACAAGACCAAUGCAGAUAAAUGACGUAGUGAUAAUAAGAGGAGAAAGCAAUCAUCCAACCAAAUGGAAUUUAGGAAGAGUCAUUCAGCUUCAUCCGGGUAAGGACGGAGUUAUUCGAGUUGUAACUCUUCGCAUGGCAAGUGGAGUGGAAAUGCGUCGACCAACAGUGAAACUAUGUUGCCUUCCAGUGCAUGAUGAUGACUCAAGUGUUGAAAAAUCAGAUUUUCAACGGGGGGAGGAUGUCGACGCCAAAUAA